CGCCAUAAGUGAGGGUUUCUAAUAAAAUUGGAGCUCAAUCAUUGAUUGACCUUGUUUCUUUUUCAAAAAAAAAUAAUAAUGAAAGUUGUCGUUUUCACUACACUGCUUUAAAAGGUACGACAAUUAAACUUGUCGUCUUCGAUAGUCUGUCCGGCCAGAGAAUUAAGAUUUGUUUAUUGUCAGAGAUCGACAUUGAUGACGAUGACCCACCUGCGCAUUUUCUACCCUUCUAAGCUCAAAGCACCAUUCAGAUGAUCCACAGAAAACAGCUCACUUGGUUGCACUAGAUGGAGCUAAAGAAAGACUUCAUUUGUUCAAAGCAAAUUUAAUGGAAGAAGGCUCUUUUGAUUCUGCUAUCAAUGGCUGUGAUGGGGUUUUUCAUGCAGCUUCUCCUGUACUCGAUUCAAGCUCAACCGUUGACCCACAGGCAGAACUAAUUGAUCCAGCUGUGAAUGGAACAUUAAAUGUUUUGAGAUCAUGUGCAAAAGUUCCAUCCAUGAAGAGAGUGGUUAUAACUUCUUCCAUUUCUGCUGUUUUUGAGAAAGGAAUACCUCUAACCCCUGAUGUGGUAGUUGAUGAGACAUGGUUUUCUGAUAUUGUUCACUGUGAGAAAAACAAGCGCUGGUAUACUAUUUCGAAAACUCUGGCUGAGGAGGCUGCUUGGAAGUUUGCCAAGGAAAAUGGGAUGGAUUUGGUCGCCAUACAUCCAGGAUUUGUUAUUGGUCCUCUCUUACAACCGACUGUCAAUGCAACCAUGGAGCAUAUUCUAAAUCAAAUAAAUGGAACUGAACCAGUUCUCAAUCAAGUUUAUCCAUUUGUUGAUGUUAGAGAUAUUGCUAAUGCACAUAUUCAAGCAUUUGAAGUUUCUUCAGCUAGUGGAAGAUACUGUGUUGCUGGACCUGUUGUACAUAUUUUAGAGUCAUUGAAGAUAUUACAGCAUCUUUACCCUUCUUUGAGCAUACCUGACAAAUAUGAAGUUAAUGAGCCUCUCAAGCCAAAGUACCAAGUAUCAGAUCUGAAGGCAAGAAGUUUGGGAAUUAACUUUCUACCCUUGGAAGUGACUCUGAGAGACUCUAUAGAAAGCCUCAAAGAAAAGGGUCAUUUUAGCUUCUGAUAUAGGCCAUUCAAAGAUACUCUUAAUACCAUUUGUAGUGCACAUUUUGUGGUGCUUUUUAAAGCCAUGAGCUUUGUGUGGAAUCCCAAAUGAAGCAUUGUUAAAGAUUUGUGCUUUUAUGAAGUAAGCUUUUUCUUCAAAA